GGCAACCUUGGCACGUCUUGCACAUCGCUGAUAACUACGUUCUCCUGCAAAUAUUUGAUGAUCUUUGAAUCACGAUACUGCAUGAGGUCGAUAGUAUCGUGAGACGUCCGGCGCGGUCACAAUGGGAGCCUCAGAGUCGAAACUUGUCUUCAAAAAAGGAAUCUUCCGCCUCUCAGAAGAGAGGAACAUUCCAGCGGGCGAUCCCUAUUGGGCUAGAUUCUGGGAGCUCCCAGAAUCAACGGAAGAUGUCUUCAGUUUAUUCACCCCGUCAGAUAUACGACGAACUCGAGAUCAAGCGCUGUCGAACCUUGAGACGUUAAUCAUUUCUGUAACCUCUCAUCUCGUCUCUUUAAAAAAUCAUCCCUCGUUUCCGGACCCAGAGCUGGCUCCGGCCAGUCAUGCGCUCAACUGUAUCCGCAUACUCACUCGGGUGCUCCCCUUCAUCUACGAAGUAGAACAUUUGGAUGACUGGGAAGAGAAGUUCUUUUGGUCCCGUCGCCGGAAAGACAGUCAGAGUUCGCAGGGCGCUCCCGAAAUCCUGUUUGACGAAGCGCAGCCGGAGGAGCAGCUGGAUGGGACCUCGCCUCGGGAGAGUGACUACAAAGACGCGAAACCGCUGGCCGAGGAAUUGAUAGAUACUCUACUUGAUUUGUUGUUCUACAUUGACUUUACGAUACCAAAAAUUGCAACAGCGAAAGGCAAUGUUUCAUAUUCCAUUUGGCAGAGUGGUGUCGGUUGCAACAGUGCGAUGGGGUCGAACAAAGAAAUGGAAAACAAUCGAUGCGAAAUUCUUCGUUUGCUGCUCACGUUGACUGGUAAGGCAAUGUACAUGCCAUCUGGCCUGUUACCUGUGCAGGGAGUGAAGGCUAUUACGUAUAUCACAACGUGCCCUGACAAGCAGGCCGUCUUAACGUUGCUCUGCUCACUGUUGAACACUGCUGUCAAAUACAACCCUGCGUCGUGGAGAGUUCCGUACGAUCACGUCGUCUGGAAAGAUCCGAAGCAGAUUCUAGUGAUCUACUGUCUGCAGCUUCUGCUCGUCCUUAUUCUAUAUCCAAUUCCAGAGGACGGCCGUGGUCCUCCACCGAAGAAUUACUAUCGUCAUUAUUUCGGACGAUUGCAUCGGCCGCAUGACUUCCAGUUCCUUGUGGACGGCAUGACUCGGAUUUUGAACCAACCUAUGGAAGCUACAAAUUCAUAUCUUCCCGGCAGCCACAAAUCCGUCAAAUGGGCUCCGGAGAUGCUUAUGCUUUUCUGGGAGACCCUGCAAUGUAACAAGAGGUUCAGGUCAUUUAUUAUUGAUUCCAGCCGCUCGCACGACUUCAUCAUUCUCUGCCUCUUCUAUGCUUCCGAGUACCGAGCUGAUCCUGCAAAACAAGGACUGGUCCGAAUGUGCAUUUUUAUCUUACAGACAAUGAGCGUAGAGCCAAAUUUUGGGAAGAGCCUAAACUUGAAAUUCGCAGCUCAAGACACUUUGCCGCAAAGCAUUCGUUUAUCCAACUUCAAAGGCUCCUAUGCCGACUAUUUGAUUACGUCCAUCAUUACUCUAAUGUCCACAAGGAAAGGGCAUUUGGAUGCUGUAUAUCCGGCCCUUCUGGCAAUAAUCAACAACAUAGCUGCAUAUGUAGAGCACUUGUCGGCCUCCACGUGCUCGAGGAUAUUACAACUCUUCGCGUCAAUGUCCGCACCCAGCUUUCUAUUGGCUAACGAGACAAAUCAUAAUCUUCUUUCUCUGGUACUAGACUUUAUUAACACGAUAGUGGAGCAUCAGUUUGCCAAAAACCCGUAUCUCGUGUAUGGGAUUCUCAAGUACAAGGAACGGUUCGAGGCCGUUAGAGCUUUCACACUUGAAAGCGGACAACAAGAACUGGAACGUCAACGUGAGAGUCAAAAAUCCGGGAGUAGUGCUCAUGACCUGGCCGCUGGUCUUCGUCGACCACAGUCUGAAGACGAUUUGCAGACUCCUUCUGGUGCACGGCCAUCGUUAAGUCGUAUCCCUGAAGAAAACAACCCUUUUGCGAUCGGCGGGGACGAUUCAGACGAGGAGGGAGACGAGCAGCCUACACCAUCUCUGUCCUCUCCGUCCUUGGAGAAUUCGAGGAGACCGUCAGUUUCAUCCUCAGCCGAUGAAAGCGUGCCAGUUCAACUGCGAGGAAUGUCCGAAAAAGCGCGAGGCAAGAUGCCUGCGGGACGACCGUCUUUUUCCCGACAAAACAGUGUGGCCAGUCAAAGCAGUGUAUCCCUCUUUCUAUCGUCCUCUAAUAAUUUUAUACCAACCGCAGCCUGGCUUGAAUCUUGGUUGCCAGAACUCUCUCUGCACACUGUGCUUACCCUUAUCUCUGCCAUUUCUCCACACAUACCCGAUGCUGCUCUUGAAUCUAGUUCGAAUCCAGAAGCGCGUACAUUGAUUACGAAUCUCGCAUCAUUUUCCGAUGAACCACACAUCCAUAGCAUGAUUUCAGAACCAUCCCCAAUCCCUGUUCACACCUUUGAAUGGUCUGCUUUAUCUAUGGGCUGGUAUGAGUCAUUGCUAUGGGGCUUUAUCUUCUCCGGUGAAAUGGUUGUCGGUUCGGCUUCCGGCGCGACUCCUGGUACUGUGGGAGUCUGGAAUGGGACCGGUAUCAAGCUGUUUAAAGUCCAGGAGGCGGCAGCACAGGGGCCGACAUUACUCGCCCCUAAGGGUGCUGUAGAUGCUGUAGGCAGCAACCUUGUGCAGCGGAUUGGGAAUUUGAGUCUUAGGGGACGAACAUCCCAGGAUUCACAGCGGAAUAGUGGUGCUAUUUCAAGGUCUCCAAGCUCUAGAGAAGCCUAACUUAGUAUCUGCGCUAUUGGUCCGUUUAUGUUUCGUUUUAUCUUCAUUUCCAUUCUGACUUCUCAAUACCUUGAUUCAGUUGACGUCUUUCCGAUCAAGCUGGUGGCUUUGAGGGCGGUCAUACCCUUAUUAUAUUGCGCCUUUCCUCUCUUACUGUUUUCAGUCACAUAAGGUUACAGGUUGUUUGUAGAUGCUAGUUGUUUCCAACAUGUGGUUAUAGCACAAUGUAAAUCAAUUCAAUA